CUCUCUCUAAUUAUCUCUCCAUUCUUUCUCCGGUUCCUAGUCAACACUCAACAGCCAAAUCUAAUCCCACUUUUUCCUUCAUUUUUCACUGAAGAUUUUUUGUGGGGGUCGACAACAAAGUGGUUCUCUUUGUGAAAAUAUCUGAAAAUGGAGACGCAAGGAGAGGAUGGUCACCCUUACAUUCCAAGAGAUCUGAAAUUGCCUGGUUAUGUGCCUGUGAGCCUCUCUCAAUCAACCAUAAUUAGCGUUUUCGGAAUCUCUUCUCUAUUGGUCAUCUCCUUCAUGUGGAUCCUCUCCGGGCGGUUUCCAAAAAUGUCAAAAACUGAGAGACGGCUAAUGUGCUGGUGGAUUUUCACGGGCCUGACCCACAUUAUCCUGGAGGGAUAUUUUGUAUUUUCCCCAGAAUUCUACAAGGAGAAGACUUCGUUUUACCCUGCAGAAGUUUGGAAAGAAUACAGCAAAGGUGAUUCAAGGUAUGCAGCAAGGGAUUCUUGUGUCGUCACUGUUGAAGGGAUUACUGCCGUCUUAGAGGGUCCAGCCUCUCUCCUUGCUGUGUAUGCUAUUGCAACAAAAAAGUCGUAUAGGUACACACUCCAACUGUCCAUUUCUUUGGGGCAGCUCUAUGGAACUGCUGUAUAUUUCAUCACAUCUUACUUGGAAGGAGACAACUUUGCUGCGAGCAUGUAUCACUAUUACGCAUACUACAUUAUAGCUAAUGCUUCUUGGGUUGUAAUUCCCACAAUCAUCAGCAUAUACUGCUGGAAGAAGAUAUCUGCAGCACUUCAAUUGCAGGAACUGAAGAAGACCAAACUACGCUGAUGCUGAGGUUGUACGGGUCAUUGCUCAAGAUACAGCUUUUAAUUUGCUUUGUCAAGAAA